UGGAUUUUUCUUAUACAAAAUUGAGAAACAUAUGGAUAAUUAGUUAGAAACAUUAAAAUUGCUUGUUUAUUUGUUUCUUUGAGAUACCGUAUAAUAUACGGUUGGUAUUUGUAACAUUUCUUGAGCACAAACAAACAAAAAAUAACAAAAUUUCUAGGUUUUAAAAGCGUUGUCUCUUCGUUCUCAACCAUUUCUUCUUCUUCUUCUCCAAAUGGAUUCAACAUCCAGUCAUGGAAACCUCGUUGAAGAGAGGGAAGAGCUCAUGGUGCUUCCCAGUGAGAACAACACUCGACCCAUCAUUAAAAAAUCCCAUCUUUUAAAACCCCAUGUAACCACCACCCUUGAUGGGUCUGAACCUUCUCCAGGCGUAAAGUCGUCACCUUUAUCCGUUUCCUUCUCUGGGUGGAGGCUCCCGAACCAAAAGUUCAAGUCUUGGUUUCGAAAAAUGUCAGCUUUACACAAACCCAUCUGGAUACAAUCCGGAAUCUUCCAAGCAAUCAAAGCAUCCACUCACAAAAUCCGCAGAAACCCGUCUCUCAUCCUCUCCCUAUCUCAGAAAUGGAACCCUGAAACCAAAACCUUCGUGUUCCCUUGGGGGGAAGCAACGAUAACCCUCGAGGACGUGACUCUCCUUCUGGGCUUCUCCCUUCUGGGUUCCUCUGUAUACACUCCCCUCGAAAGCUCAGAGAUUAAAGAGUCAGUUUUGAAGCUAGAGAAACGGAGAAAGGAGAGCGGGAAGCAGGUUUCAUGGAUCUCGAGCUUCGAAGACGAUCAGAUGGAGCACGAGGCUUUCCUUGCGUUUUGGCUUUCCAACUUUGUGUUUCCUGAGAAACAAGGCUGUUCGGUUUCGAAACAUGUGUUCUCCGUCGCUGUUCGUUUGGCUAGAGGUGAAAGGAUCGCUCUUGCGCCUGCUGUUCUCGCUUGCCUUUACAGAGAUUUGGGUAAAGUGAAUGCUUUGUCCUCUUCUACUCAGAACGUGGACGUUAGGUCUCUGUUUAAGUUGGUCCAAGUGUGGAUAUGGGAGAGGUUCAAGAGCGUUGGACCAAGACCUGGAGUGAUACCAAAUGGUGAACCUAGGAUUGCUCGUUGGAGUGGUCUGAGACAGGGAGCUGAGAGUGUGAGACCCUUUCUUCUUGAUGAUUUUGAUUGGCGUCCUUAUACUCAACCGUUGAGGAACUGGAACCCACCUCGGUUUUACAACGAAAAGGCUAAGAGGGUGAGUGAUGAGUUUGCUUGUUGUGUGAGAUCUUCCACGCUUGAUGGUUUUGGUUUUACAGAGGGUUACUAUCCGAAUAGAGUGGCAUUGCAGUUUGGAUUGGCUCAGGAUCUUACUGGUUUAGCUACUCUUGAUGGUUCAAAGCAACACAUACCUUCUCGCCUUACCACAGCUUCUGUUUCGGCUGCCAAAUACCGAGACUGGUGGAUGAGGUCAGUGAAAGAACCAGCUGAGACUUUCAAUGCAAGCAACACAGGUGAUGAUGAUGAUGAUGAUGUGCCUCUUAAGGUACUGCCAUUGAGCCAAGUCUUUCAAAAGUUAGGAGAUGGAAUGAAGAAAGCUGAGCAAGUGACAAACAAGAAACGCAAGCAAGCUAGUGAGGAUGAGAACGAGAUUGCUAUGGAUUGUUGUCAAACACAAGAUGAAGAAGACGAUGAUGAUAACAUUACCAUUGCUCAGAGAAUCAAAUGUAGAAAGAAGUGUGGUGAUGUAAAGGAUAUUGAAGAGGAUUGCAGUCUUCCAGGCCUUCCUCAGAAGCACAAGCUUGCUUCUGGAGAUGAACACAACUCUUCAGAUCCUAAUGUUGAUUCUGGUGCAGUAGAUGAGAUGGAAGAAGAUGGUAACAUUACCAUUGCUCAGAUUAUCAAGCUUACAAAAAAGUGUGUUAACGUAGAGAAUACUGAAGGAGGAGAAUAUGCUUAUGGUGGAGUUGAAGUGGAUAACAAUGUUCCAGACCUUCCUCAAAAGCUUGCUUCUGGAGAUGAAACUGUACCAGUGCCUGAAAUAAAGAGAAUGAGUGUAGAGAAUGAUGAAACCAGCCCUUCAGAUCCUCUGGUUGCUUCUAAUAGAAUAGCUGAGAAGGAAGAAGAAGUUGAUGUUGUUGUUGUUGUUGAUGAUGGGAGACUGAACCAGAGAAAACUUGGAACAGAUGAGAUAGCAUUGCAGUUGGAAGCACGCAUUUUGAAGGUGGAGAAGACUUUGGCGAAGAUUAGACAGUGGAAGAUGGGAGAAAACCAAACCAAGACACCAGUCUCUGCUUAGGUUAUUAUCAUUACUAUUGCAGUUUCUUAUGAAAGACAAAGCUUUUGAGGCUUUAAAGAAUGACUCUUAUGUACAUUACUACUCGCUGCAAAAUGAAUAGUUGUGGGUUUAAAGAAUGGCUCCUAUGUCUCAAAAGUUGGAUUGAUGUUGUUAUUAGGAUUUUUCAUUUUUUUCUCUCCAGGAACCACUUGAGCUCUCAAGUUCAGAUAUGGCGGUUUUCUUCACCUAUUCUUCUAUCAAGCUUGAAACUUGAAAAGGAGAAUACAGAAUCUUUCCUAUUAUUAUUGUUACAGUUUGAAUACAGUUCUAGUUUUUGCUACAUUCAAAUAGGUUUCUUGUUCUAUUUAUUUAUUUUUCCUUUUCUAAAUUAGAAUAAAAAUAUUUAUAUAAUAUAUAGAAAUUGAAAUAAUAGAUAAAUAUAAGGUAAAUAAUUAAUAAAACUAUAUUGAUAACUGAUAUAUGUAUUUAUUUUUUUUUGGUAUGAACUGACUGAUAUAUGUAUUAUUGUUACAGUUCGAAUGAAGGUAAAAUAAAACUAUCUUGUGGUUCGGUUCUAAGUUAAAACCGAGUUUUAGUGUGAAGAAAAAAUUGUCCCACAUCGGUGGUUGUGCGAGAUGAUUGUUUUCUCUGUGGGGUAUAAAAUGGGAAUGAGUUGGUAGAAAUAGAACUUACCCGUUUCUGUCAGAGGUAGGAUGAUUCGUCAAUGAUCGUUUAGUGACGACGAAUCGUGCCUCCAAAAUUUGACGGACAUUAUUUAAACAAAGGCGAAUGGGCCUGGCCUUACUUUGGUUGGUGCCUGCUCGUCAAUUUUUGGAAGCCUCGAUACAAAUCGAGGUUCAACCCUUGAUAUAUCAAAAUAAGGGAAAUUAGGGAGUAUAACCAUGAAAAAAAUCAUAAUUCACCAACUAGCCAUUUUCCUUACCAAACCUAUACACACUGUUAUAAAUCUAUAUUAAUACUGUAAUACCCUUUGCAUCUACCGGUUUAACCUGCUAACUAAAAAAAAUAAAAAAAAUUCUUAACUCACCAAAAUUAAAUUGUAGACUAUCCAACUUCGAAAGGCGAAGAAGACACCACCACUAGUUCUCAGAGAAGUUUUGUGGAAGAGAAGAUUGGUUAGGAAGCUUUGUCGAAGACGAAAUGGGGAGGCUUCUCCGAUUCCAAAGCGACAGUCGUGAAGAUGCUAGAAUAUGUACGUAUUUGGUUUGAAGUAAAUCUAUGUCUCGUGUUGGAGAAGAUGAACAGUUUUUUAUUAUGUUCUAUUCUAUUAUAUUCAUAUAGAAUAUAAAUAUAAAACAAUAUAUAUAUUUUUAUGCGAUAAAUUCUAUUUCAUUUGACGGUUACUAAAAUUGUUCUAUUUUGUUUAGAAAUAUAUUUUGAUAUUUGGGUUUAGGGUUUACAUUUGGAUUAUGGUUUACAUUUAGAUUAGGAUUUAGUGAUUAGGAUUUAGGGUUUAGUAUUUAUAAGGUGAGGGAGUAUGGUUGAAAUCAGUUUUAACUUCUUUAAUGCAAUCAUACACAUUUCAUAAUUUCACUAUUGGUACUAUGUUAUUUAUUAUGUUCCAUUCCAUUUGGAUUUAGAGUUUAUAUUUGGGUUAAUGGUUUAUAUUUAGGUUUAAGGUUUACAUUUAGAUUAGGGUUUAGUGAUUAGAAUUUAGGGUUUAGUAUUUAUACGAUUGGGGUUGACAAUAUGACAAGCAUUACCACCUUCCAUGAAAGCAUAAUCAUGUCAACAUUUAAGAAAUAUAUCAAAAUGAUAUUUAGAUUGGAACUACAUUUUCACUUUUUCUAUUCUAUAUGUCUCAUGUAGAAUAGUAAUGCAUUUUACUGGAAUUUAGAAAUUUAGAUUUAGUUUAUGCAAGAUUAGGGUUAAGGCUGGAUUAGGGUUUAUGUUUCCAUAGGGUUUAGGGUAUAUUAUUUAUAAGUUGGGGUUGAGGUUGAAUUAUUGUUUAGUAUAUAUGGAUUAUAGGUGUAGUUUGCGUUAUAUACUACUUCGACAAUAUAGAAUAGAAAAUUCGGUGUGUAUAUAUGUGGUCAAUAAACUUGUCACGUGGAUGGUACUUCUUCCUUCACAUUAAAAUUUUUUGGUUCCUCCGUGUCCAUAUUUUUUCUCAAUUACGUUAUCAAUAUAUAAUAUAUUCACCGGAUAAUUGUUGAUGAAGAGGGUAUAACCGGAUCAGUUGUGUCACAAAUGUUAGAUUCUUAAUAAUGUCAAAAUCAUUGCUAGAUUUUUAAUUAUGUCUCCAAAAUUGGCUAUCUCACCAAUAAGCCCAAAAAAUAAUUUUAAGUUAACCAGAUGUGAAAACUGUUUUGUUUACCAAAAAAAAAAAAAUGUGAAAACUGCUUGCAAAAUUCCGACCGGAUUCGCCAAAAUUAAAUUUCCUAAACCAGCUAGGGUUCAAAAGAUAUUAACUUCAUUCUUCACCCUUUGGCGGUCAUAUAAAGUUGUUUCAGUGUUGUUGUUGUAUCUUCAAAUCAUUAAUGGAAUACAUAAAUUAUUAUUUUGUCGACGCGAGUAGACAUAGGCAUGUUAACCCAAACCGAAAACCGAACCAAUGUUUAAAAAAAUUCCAUACGGGUUUAGAAUUCAACUAGUCCAGAUACCCGUACCUGAUUGGUUAUAUAUGAUAUCCAAACCAAUUAACCGAAGUAGCCGAAUAUAUAUAUAUAUAUAUAUAUAUCACCAAUCCUAAACUUACAUCUUCCAUUCUCAUUCAUCUUUUUGUCUUCUCCUUCUUCAAGGUAUAUGUUCAGUACAUACUCAAACUCAUUUUAUGACCGAUUACAUGUAUGAAUUACUAUAUUUUGCGAUUUCGAUUUAUAUUUGAUUACAAGUAGUAUUUGCGAUUUGUUUUCUCUCUGCUAUUUACACAAGCAUGAGCUCAAUCAUUCAUGAUAUCAUUCAGGUUUGAUUUCUAUUUGAUUUUGAUGUUUCUUUGAUUUUGAUUUAUGAAUAGAUGGAUUUUUACCAUUUUCUAUUCAAGAUAAUACAAAUAGAAAUUACACGAAGAAAAAGAAUACAUGCUCCUGUUCUUCAACGUAAUAACAAAUCAAAAAGAUCAUAAAUCUUAUAUUAAGUUGUUCAAUCUUUUAAAUUCAACAGUAUUGUUUCUGGCCUCGCAUGAUCAAAUAAAAGAUAUAUAAAUUUUUUUAUUAUUUGUUACACAGUUUGGUUAUACCCGAAAUAACCCGAACCUGAUCAAAAGUAUAAAUUAAUCCGAACGGGCUCUGUACCUCUCCAUUCGAAAACCCGAAAAUCGGAAGCACCCGAUCUGAACACGAACGGGUAUCUGAACGCCCAUGCCUAGACACGAGUAUAACACAUUACCGUUUUAAGGAGAGAAGCAACCUCUAUUCGUUACGUUGCUGAUGAGUGUUCCACCUCCGUUUGCUCUGUCCCGGGUCGGGUCAGGUCAAAUUUGGGGCGGUUUCUGGAUUGCACCACGCGGUCCACACCCUUCGUUCAAACCCCAAUACUUGGGAAAGCUUGUGGGGUCCCGUGGGAAAGGUUAAUGACAUUGCGGUGGUUGUCUCCCGUGGAGAGUAUUUGCAUAAUCGUUGUGUUUCGAGGAUUGUGCAUUUCGACAUAAAGCCACAAAACAUACUCAUGGACAAACAUACUCAUUUCAGACAUUCGUUGAUGAAUACUCGGAUCAUGACGGAGCUAUGUGGGUGGGAGGGGGGUCAGCUGACCCCUGUGAUUUUUAUAAAACAUGAAUUUCACUUAUAUAUUUUAGGUAGUUUUCAGAAUAUUUGGUUAAAAACCUUUAGUUUGACCCCCAUAACUCAAGACUAAUUCUUUCUUUUGACCCACUUUAAUAUCUUCUUAACAAUUUUACAUAAUUAGUUUAGUAAAUGACCCAUCUAAAAUGUGAUGCUAGCUCCGCCAUUCAUGACGAUCCGGUCACAGUGAUUGAUGAAAAGCGUACGUACAAUGUAAAAGCUCCUGCCAGACACCCUAUAUACGAAAACUUCCGGGUCAAGGUCCGUCUUUUGUUUAUUUUAUGAAAAUCUUCUUUUCAUAUUCUGUUUCUGUUUAAUAUUUUAUGCUCUGCUUCUUGUGUAGACUUUUAAAGCCCUAUUGACUUCCGCAACAUCAGAUGAGCAACUUACUGCUCUUGGAGGACUUCUUUAUCAGUGUCACUAUAGCUACAGCGCGUGCGGACUAGGAUCAGACGGAACAAACAGGCGGGUCCAGUUAGUACAAGGGAUGCAGCAUAACAAGUCUAAAACCGACGAUGGGACUUCGGAUGGAGCCAAAAUCACAAGUGGUGGCUCCGGUUAUUGGCCGUAACUCAUUGCGCAGCAGCCAACAAAUACACUUGUAUAUCAUUGAUGUGGUCAACAUUUAUGUAUAUUAUUUUAUGUCCUUUCACAUAUUAUUAUUAUGUAUAUUGGAUGUUUUAAGAUUCAGCAGAGAUACAAAGCAGCAACCGGGUAUUUGCCACUCAUUUUCGAAGGUUCAUCACCUGGAGCUGGCAAGUUUGGUUACCUCCGGAUCCGACGUCAUAUCUCGCUCUAAUUUCACCCAUUGAGACUUUCUCUACUUUUGGUAUAAACUUAUUAUUUUUAUUUAUUCUUCAUACGAUAUAUACUUUGGAGUUUCAUCUCACAAAUAAAGUAGAUCGUUCUUCUCCACUUUUCAAAAUAAUAUUGACGAUGAUGAUAAAAGGCUUGUGUAUACUACUACGACGUUAUUUUGAAACAAAAUUAUCUUAUGCAAAAGAAAAGAAUAACACUUCACUUACUGUCUUUUAUGUUAAAUUAAAACGUGUUCACAUUCAUUGUGUUUGUCAUACUCAUAUUACUUAAAAAAAGAAAAAAAUUGUGUGAAAACAUUUUUAAAAUAGUCACAAAAAAUAGGAAGUGAAAUGGAAGUGGUAGUAAAAAAGUAAAGAGGAGAGGGCUUUGGUCAGACAAUGGUUGAGGUUCGUGGUUACGAGUAGGUGGGUAUCAUUCAUGAUAGAUCACACUAGCACAGUACCCGAGGAUCUUUUUAAAUUACUGCUCAUGUGUGCCUUUAAUUGCUUUUACAUACUUUCUAUCUUUGCCUUUUUAAAAUGAUGCCAAUCGUGUUUUCUUAUCAUAUUAUAGGAGAUGCAUGACUGUAAAAAAUAAUUCGUUUAAGCUUCACAUCUGACCAAUUAUAUUAAUGUACGCAGUACAUCAAUGAAGUGAGAAGGGAAAGAAAUCGUAAUUACGUUUGUUUACACACAUACAUUAAAGAGCAGAGAUCCGAACAAUAUGAGAGAAGGCACUUGUGCUGAUAAACGAGCCGACAUGCACGUGCUCACUUCCAUUCUUACGCGUUUCUCAUCGGAUCCUAUGAGUUCUUCCAAUCCAACCGUAUUUAUUAUUCCACGUGUCUUUUCUACAUUCAACCUUGUUCAUCAUCAUCAUAUGAAAACGCAAGAUGGAGUUGAAUUAAAUAUCACAUGAUACAGGCAGUAAAUAAAAUACUACUGCUGCACGUAACUAUUUUUAUUAA